GAUGAUGUCAAGAGGAAAACCCAGAAUAGUGGAGUAACUUAUGAAGCAUUUUCUAUGUGUAGAUCAAGUGCUAAAGAUACUAGACAAAUGGCAGAUAUAGUAUCAUUCUAUGGAGUGAUAAAGGAGAUCUUGAUGCUGGACUACCACAUGUUCCAGAUUCAAGUUUUUAGGUGUAUUUGGGCUAACAAAGGGAAUGGAGUGAAAGAGGAAGACGGUUUCACACUUGUCAAUCUCCAUAUGAACCAGUUAGCAUACUUAAAUGAUCCUUUCAUUUUGGCAUCGCAGGCUAAACAAGUUUUUUACUCUAGAGAAGAUGACAGCUCACCUUGGUAUGUUUGUAUGAGGGCGCCACCAAGAGGGUACCAUGAGCUAGAAACAGUAGAGGAGUUUGUUUCUGCACCAUUAUCAGUCCAGCCAAUUGAAGAUUUAGGAGAUCAAUCAUCUGACGACGAGAGUUUUUGUGUUAGUAAGCGCCAGGCAGGCCUUGAUGUCACUCCUGUAGUGUCAUUGAAGAAGAAGAAGAGAAACAAGAAGUCUAUCAUUGAAGAGAAUGAAAGAGACAAUGAAGAAGAGAGAAUAGAAGUGGUUACUGAAGGAGAUGAUGGUGUAGAGGAAGAAGAUAUUAAUGGAGAAGAAGAUAUUGAAGAACAAGAGAAUGGAGCAGAAGAUAAUGAAGAACAAGAUAAUGGUCAGUCUCAAGAGAAUGAAAGAGAUAAUGAAGAAGUAGAAGAACACUCAGCCCAAAUACAAGAAGAUCGAAUCCCUCCUUCCACAGCAGGUGCCUCUGAAACCCAGACACACCAGUCAGACAACAAAAAGAGGAAGUCAAGAGGUCCAACUAGAAUGCGCAAAGUGGCAAAGAAUCUUGAGGAUAAGGUAGAAGUGGAGUUUAAUGCUCUUGGUGAGCAUGUUGGUAAGGGAUCAGUGACACUCUCCUCUUUCCUUGGUCCUCUAGUGAGAGAGCAUGUGCCUGUACUGCUAGAUGACUGGAGACAGCUUGAUCAAAGGACAAAAGACGUUAUGUGGGAAGAAAUUCAGGGGAGGUUCAAUAUAAAAGAAGAUUGGCAGAAAGAAGCAGUAUUUAGGCAAAUGGGUGGUCUGUGGAGGGCUGCCAAAUCCAAGCUUGUUACCAAAGUAAGAUCUACUAAAAGCAAAGUUGCUCUACAGCAAUUGAAGCCUAGCAACAUCCAAUGUACAUCAGCCUGGAACAGUUGGGUUAAGAACAAAUGCACUGCAGCUUUUAAGGAACGAAGUGAAAAAUACAGGCAACUGAGGAAGGGUCAAAUUCCUCAUACUACAAGCCGCAAAGGAAUGACUCGCUUAGCCGGCCCACGACGGCCUUCCAAGACAUUGGACCGGCACUGUCUGUGGAGGGCUGCCAAAUCCAAGCUUGUUACCAAAGUAAGAUCUACUAAAAGCAAAGUUGCUCUACAGCAAUUGAAGCCUAGCAACAUCCAAUGUACAUCAGCCUGGAACAGUUGGGUUAAGAACAAAUGCACUGCAGCUUUUAAGGAACGAAGUGAAAAAUACAGGCAACUGAGGAAGGGUCAAAUUCCUCAUACUACAAGCCGCAAAGGAAUGACUCGCUUAGCUGAUGAGAUGGUGUGGAUAGCAGGACAUACACAUUCUGAUGGGAGACCUGUGAGGGAAGAGUUUGCAGAAACUAUUGAAAUGAUCAAGACCAUUGAUAGUGAAAUGGACUCCACCACAUCCACGGAUAAUGUUAGGGAAGAUGCUACAAGAGACUCUCAUGUCAAGAAGCUUGAAGCUUCUCAAGCAGAAUUGCUAAGUAAGCUUGAAAAUUUGCAGAAUGUGGUUAGUAACUUAGCUAGUAAAAAGAGACAGAUUGAUGAUGUUUCCAUGUCUGAUUUAAGCAAUGUUAGCAAAGGAGGAGUUAGGUGCCAGCUUCUUGAUUGGUGUUUAAAUGUUGAGGUGGUUGUUGGUGAAGGAGAAUUCUACUCCAGUGAACACACAUAUAAGAUUGGUAGAAUACCAUUGGGUCGCAAUGCAGCUGAUCCAACAGAUGAAUCACUAGGAAGAAUUAAAAUCUUUCAAUAUUGGAGUGGAGAUGAUGAAUUGAUUGUUGAGGGUAUGUUGUUGUCAACUGACCAUAAUGAAUUGGUGGAUGGUAGACCUCUAGGACAUGGUGCUGCAGUUGUUAAGGUCCUGGAGGUGGUUAAACCUGAUGCUUAUCUGUGGAGACCAAAUCCUCCAAUCUCAUUGAUGAGUGAUGCACUAAAUGAGACCAUCGCAUGGCCUAUUGAUAGAAUACAACUCCUUGAUGUACCUGCAAAUGAUGAAUCAACCAGAAAAUCACCUCAAGUAAAGUGCAACUACUCCCAAUGCUAUACUCUCAGCACUGCUAGUAGCAAAGGUGCUAAGCAGAAGUGUUUUCUAUUAAAUAUUGAUAACACUGGGCAGAGAGUUGCAAUAGGUCGGGUGUCUUCAACUGAUCCAGCAGAGAAGGUCCAUCACGUCCCUUUAGGUGCCAACGCUAGCAAGGUCUGGGUAGAGGUUUCCAAGGUUGAGGGUGUUGUGGUGAGCAAAUUCUGAAGUUAAAUUCAUUGCUGAUGCAGUAGGAACCACUGUGGCUUGGCCUAAUGACAAGAUUAUAUUCAUGUGAUUUGAGUUUUAGUACUUUUGAACUAAGUUUCUAAAAAUGUAAAACUUAUGUUUGACUCUCUUGGAACAAAUUAUUAAUGAAGUAUUUGAUAAAAU